AUGAAUUCAGAAUUAGGAUCUAUUACAGAGCCAGCUCCUUUAAAGACUCAACCUUCAAUCCCAAAACCACCUAAAAGACCUGCUUUUUUAAAAACAGUUAAUCUAAAAACUUUGUAAAAUCAGAAAUUAGUUUCUUUUCAAAAUAGAAUUUGGAAAGAAAAAGCUUUAUUAGUUUUAAUACAAGUGCUUCGAUUUAUAUCUUUAAUAACUCGCAGUCCUUUUGCAUCUAAAUUUUCAUUGUUAGAUGGCAAUAUGUUUAGAAUUAUUGGUGAUAAAGCUUCAGACUUUAAUUACUAUUUGCUACACGAUUACUUUAAAUAUAUGGUAGUAUAAUUAUUUUAAAUAAGAAACCUUAACCAUCAUCAAGACUCAAGUACUUUAUUUAAAAACAUCUAUACAAAUGCUGCUAUAUGAAAGGGAUUUUAGAUACUUUAAUCAAUUUGAAGAUUAUUUUAGAACCAGAAUCGAUAUUUUUAAUAGUUUGGAAUAUAAUUCUGCUUGUUAAUAUAAAUCUGAAUAUUUUAUAUAUUACAGUAAAAUUUUCAUUUGAUUUUGAAAAUUACCCUCCUGAUCAAUUUUAAUUAUGUGAAGUUUAUCUUUUUAAAGUACCUUACUACUUAUAUAUAUUUGAUAUCAUAAUAAAAUUAAAUACAUGUUAUUAUGAAUCUGGAUAUCUUGUAAAAGAUAGAAAUAAAAUUUUAGGCAAUUUUUAUAAAUAUAGUAAAAUAAUAACUAAUAUUAGAUUCUAUAAUUAAUCUUCUAAUUUUAAUUCCCUCAACUUUAUAUUUGAUUGGUUUAACUGAAUUUCCUUUAUAUUUAUUUAUGACAAUAAAAGCUAUUUCAAUUCCAGAAAUAAUGGAAUCUAUCAUAGAUAGAAUGGAACUGACGACUAAUUAUUGGGUAACAUAUGAUUUAUUUCGAUUAAUUUAUGUAAUAUUAUAUCAAUCUCACAUCUGUUGUUGUGGAUUAUAUUAUGUUGGAUUAUUAGAUAAAGAAACAUCAUGGUUAUUAACAAAUAAUUUAUUACAAGAAACGUGGAUUAUUAAAUAUGUAUUUUUUUAAUAUCAAAAUUAGUUUAAUACUUAUUAUUGGAGUAUUAUUACUAUGACAACAAUUGGAUAUGGAGAUGUAACUCCUUAAAAUUUAAUAGAAAGAGUUUAUCUUAUUUUUGUUGCAAUUGUUUCAUGUUGCACUUUUGGUUAUUCAAUCAAUAGUAUUGGUUAAAUACUUGGAUAAUUAUAAUCAAAAAAUCAAUAAAUAAGGGUUGAUUUAAAUGAUCUAAAAUAAUUUCUUAGAAUAAGGGGUUAUAAUAAUAAAUUAUAGAUUAAAAUAUUAAGAUUUUUUGAGUUUUUAUGGAAAGAUUAAAGCAAUGAAAAUAAGUUGGAUUUAAAAAAAUUUAAUUAAUAACUUCCAUCUCAUCUUUAUAAUGUAUUACAAUUCUAUUAUAUUAUAGGAAAUGAUGAUAGAUUUAAAUAUGAAAAGUAUAUCUAAGAUUCCAUUUUUUAAAGAGAACUUUAAUGAAGAUUUUAUAUCAGCUUUAGCAUCUAAAUUUGUGGAAGAGAAAUUAGUUCCAUUCAACACAAUAUAUUAAAAAAAUGAUGCAAGCAAUUUCUUAUAUAUCUUAUGUAAUGGUGAGAUAGAAUAUUUUGUUGAAAUUCCUGAAGGAUCAGCCAAUAUUUUGAGUAUUUAAGCUAUUUCUGGAUAAGAUUAAAUAUUUGGAUAACAAGAAUUUCUAUUAGAUUAAAAUUACGAUAUUAGUUGUAGAUCACUUACAUCAUCAAGAAUAUUGAAAAUAUCUAAGAAUGAUUUUUAAAAUAUUGCUAAAAAAUAUGGUUAUGUAUUAAUUAUAUAAUAUUUUAAUUAGGAAAAAUAUUGUGAAUUGAAAGAUCUUGUAAAAUUUUCAGGAAGAUAUGAUGAAUUUCAUUUACAUUGUAUUGGAUGUAAUAAGUCGACACAUAUGCUUUAUUAAUGUCCAAUGCUAACUGGAUUUCCAAACAAAACAAAAAUUAUUCUUCAAUGUAGAAAAAACUAAAUUUAAGAAAGAUAAUACUUUAGUAGAAAGAAUAAUAAAAGAAGACUCUCAUCUUUAAUCUUUGAAGCUUAAAUAUCUGAUACUGUUUUAUAUUAUUUAAUGCAAGAUCCAAAAUUAUCUUAAUAAAUUAGUUCAAAGUAUUUCAUCUAAUCAUUUAAAUAAUAACAACUAUAAAAAGAAUAAAUUAAAGAUAAUUUAAAAGAUAAUACUUCUAUAUUAAAUGAAGCUCAUAAUACUUUGAGAAAGAUAUCUGUUUUAAAUAUUUAAGGAAGAAAAUAAUCUUAAAUAUAUAUAAAAAGGUUACCUGGAUUUUUGAACGGUACUCUUUUAAAUUUUAAAUCAUUAUAAGAGGAUAAAAUCAAGGCUGCUUUGGAGUCCAUAUCAAAAAAUGUUUCUGGUUGUGAUUAAGAAUAAAAAACUUCUCAAUUAGGAGAUUGUUUAAAAUAUAAAAUUAAUUUGGAAAAAGGUUAAGAUGAGAUUAAUCCAACAGAGCAUUAAAAAAUAACUUAAGAUGUUGCUAAAUCUUUAUUUUUUAAACCUAUUAAUUAAUCUGAAAAAUAAUAUGAAUAUAAAGAUCCCGCUACAUUAAGUGAAAUGCAAUCUUCAUCUUAUUCUGAAAUGAAUAAAAUUUCAUCAUUAGAAUUAAAAGAGUUAAGUCCUGUUGUAGAUUUUAGUAAUUAAUAAUAUAUGGGAACUUAUAAAGAUAUUUAUGAAGAAUUCGAUAGAUUUUAAGACUUUUAAAAUUAUAUGACUCAUAUGAAUUCUUAAAAAAUUUUAGAUCAAAUAAAUCAAAGUAAAGAUUGCUAAAAUUUUACUGAUUUCAUGAUAGUAAAUUUUGUGAGAAAACGAAGAUCAAAAAGAGCAAAAUUAAUAAUAAAAAUUGACAAUUGA